AUGGUAGCACCGGCCAUGAGGCCACUCCUCCUGGCAGGGGGCAAGUCCACUCGAAUGGGCACGUCUAAGCACCUCCUUCGCAUGCCCGACGGCACACCCUUGUACCAACGGCAACUACAGCUUCUGCGCACAAUCUUCCCGGAACCCCAAACAAUCUACAUCUCUCUAGCUCAAGAGUCGGAGACGGAUGACUACCUGGACGAGUUGCUGGCCGCCCAGCCCGACAACCCUUCCUCGGCUGCCUCUGAAAACGAGGACCUUAAGGGGGAACCCAAGGUGCUGAUCCUCCGCGACGAGCACCCCAACUAUUCCAAGUACUCGACCGGCCCAGCCGCGGGGCUUCUCGCGGCGUACCGGUACGACCCGUGGGCGAACUGGGUCGUCGUGGCGUGCGACUACCCGCUGUUACCGCCGGACGCGCUGUACCUGCUGUUCCUCAAGCGCGACGCGGUGCCAGUGACCUGCUACCUCUCGAGCGAGGGCUUCUGCGAGCCGCUGCUGGCCAUCUGGGCCCCGGCUGCGCUGUCGCGGUUGUCGGAGCGAGUGGCGCGCGGGCACCCGAGUCCGGCGGCGGCGGCCAAAGAGCUGGACGCGGUGAUGCUGAAGCCGCCGCCGGGGUGCGAGUGGUGGUUGACGAACGUCAACACGAUGGAAGAAUGGGUGGAGGCUGUGGUGGAGAUUAAACUGGGGGCGCAGGAGCCGGACUCUGUCGAUGUGUUGAAGGGGACGACGUGA